GUCAUUAAUACAGCACGCUUAAGACAUGGCCAUUUAACUUAGAAGUUGGUGUUUAAGUCAUUCAGUAUUAUCAGCCGUUGCUCCAAGCGCCAUACGUCUCGGUUGUCAGGGCUAUCUUGUCAAUACUGUCCACAAUAAUGAAAAUAGAAGAGGUUCGCAGCACAUCGAAAACUCAGAGAAUAGCAGCCCAUACACACAUCAAGGGCCUUGGGUUAGAUGAAACUGGCACUGCUCUGUCAAAUGCAUGUGGACUUGUUGGUCAAGAAUGCGCGCGUGAAGCCGCUGGUAUUGUAGUAGAAAUGAUUAGAUCAAAGAAAAUGGCUGGACGUGCAGUUUUAAUGGCAGGGCCUCCAGGGACUGGGAAGACUGCAAUAGCUUUAGCCAUUGCUCAGGACCUUGGUGGGAAAGUUCCAUUUUGCCCGAUGGUUGGAAGUGAGGUUUACUCUUCCGAAAUAAAGAAGACGGAAGUUUUGAUGGAGAACUUCAGGCGAGCGAUAGGUUUGCGCAUAAAAGAGAUCAAAGAAGUCUAUGAAGGAGAAGUAACCGAGUUAACUCCGGUAGAAACAGAAAGUCCAACUGGAGGUUUCGGCAAAACAAUCAGUCACGUUAUUAUCAGUUUGCGUACUGCUAAAGGUGUCAAACAAUUGAAGUUAGACCCAUGUAUUUAUGAGAGUCUUCAGAAAGAACAUGUUGAGGUCGGGGAUGUAAUUUAUAUCGAAGCCAACUCCGGUGCAGUCAAGCGUCAGGGAAGAUGUGAUGUUUAUACAGCUGAAUAUGAUUUAGAAGCUGACGAGUAUGUCCCUCUUCCAAAAGGGGAAGUUCAUAAAAAGAAAGAUGUUGUUCAGGAUGUCACACUUCACGAUCUGGAUGUAGCAAACGCCCGACCUCAAGGGGGCCAAGAUAUUGUCUCAAUGAUGGGUCAGCUAAUGAAACCGAAAAAGACGGAAAUUACAGAUAAACUAAGGAAGGAAAUCAACAAGGUUGUUAAUAAAUACAUAGAUCAAGGCAUCGCUGAACUUGUUCCUGGUGUGUUGUUUAUUGAUGAAGUACACAUGCUAGACAUCGAAUGUUUCACUUAUCUUCAUCGGGCACUCGAAUCAACAAUCGCACCCAUCGUUAUUUUUGCUACCAAUCGGGGGAAAUGUACCAUCAGUGAAAAUAUUCUCUAUCCUGUUUUUUACUCUUAAAAAGAUUUUAUCUAAUCGUUUUACCUGUUUCAUGAUGUACACUUUGAAGAGUCAAACUGAUGCAAGGAUAAUUAACACAGUGAUAACCAUUUAUUAUUCUUAUGUACAAUUAAUGAUUUAUGACUAAAGUGUUAUGAUACCGCAUAUUGAACAACAUACUAUAGCUUUUGUGAAUUGUGAAGUUUAUGUUCGUUAUAGUGACUACUUUGAGAUCCAUAAACAAUUGAAAACUUGAGUGAUUAAUACUAUUCGGAAAAUACUAGCCGGAGACUUUGUUAUUUACAUUACACUCCUUGGCUCAUGGUCAUCACUAUGAUAAAAGUGUUACUAUCAGUCGCUGCUAACUAUCGUUUUCCUCGAUUCAUGGUGUUUUUUUUUCAGAAUUAACCAGGAAUAUACACACGCAUCAAAUGUCAAUUUUCAAAGUUAGCAUCUUACUAUAGUUUUGAUCUUAAAGGGUCAGUUUUUGAUUUCGGGAUGUCA